UCCCGAUAUACUCCAGAGGCGUGUUUUGUUUUGACCGACUUACCCGCACCACACGUCGACCUGACAAACAGGCAAGGAUUGUGACAUCAGCACAUGCGAGGUGACCCAUUUAAUCUAGAAACUAACUUGAUAAGCGCAUUGAAGGAAGGUUGAUCUAGCUCCUCAAACUUUUGCCAAGAUGUCGACCCCAGCGGAAAUAGCAGUGGCGGGCGGGUUUAAUUUCGAUCUGACGGCUGUGGACGGUGCUGUUCAGAUGAGUUUGGUUGCUGACACGUUAAGAACGUUGAAGUCACGUCGCCUCUGGAACGAUGACAUCCUUCUGUCUACAUACCCUAAGUCAGGCACUCACUGGACGUGGGAGAUCCUCAACAUGAUCGUGGCAGGCAAGGCCGAGUACACCAAACACUGGCAGAACUCUGCCUGGCUGGAAUACAGGACCGAGGAAGAGCUGGAGGAACUGGCAUCACCAAGGAUCCUUCACACCCAUUUACUGCCAAGGCAGCUGCCCGAGACAGUAUGGAAGCAGCGGAAUAAGGUGGUGUACGUCUGGAGAAACCCCAAGGACUGCGCUGUGUCUUGUUUCUGUCAGGACAGCCAACAGGUGUGGAGGGACGGCACCCAAGAUAAAUACAGCUUUAUGGGAUCAUGGGAUGACUACCUAUCCUUGUAUCGGGAUGGUUAUGCUCCGUCUGGGUCGGUUUUCGAACAUUUUCAUGAUUGGCACAAAGCAGCUGAGGAACAAAUGAUAUGUCAGAUUCAGUAUGAAGAUAUGAUAAAAAAUUGCGUGCACGAGAUAAGAAGAAUUGCUGAAUAUCUUAACCGCCCUCUCCCGGAGAAAACAUACGUUGCGAUAGCAGAAGCAUGUUCCUUCAGCAACCUGAAACACGCCAACGAGAACAUCAAGGACCAGACGUUCCACAACAAGUGGCAACAGGGUUCAAGUGGAUACUUCAGAAAAGGGAAAUCCGGUGAUUGGAAGAACUGGUUUACAGUCGCCCAAAACGAGAAGUUCGAUGAAAUAAGCGAAGCAAAGCUCAACAAAACCUUCCCCUAUUGAAAUUCAUUUCCAAGGUGAUCAUAAAGGGACCGACUAUUAUAACAACAGGAUUAUUAACAAGACAGACAGAGGUUGAGUGGCAAUGAACAAACUAAGUUGAGAAGUCGACUGCCAUGAGGAAUGUCACUUGGACUGCCACGUAAUGUUUCGGUUUUGGCACUAAAUACAGAGAAUACGGUAAUCUCUUCAGAAGAAACUACCUUAGCAUAAAUGCACAAUUGCAUGAAUUCCAGUUAUAUUUAAUUACUCCAGGUCGUAUUUGUUGAUCAUAUUCCAGUAGAUAGGACAGUUUGACUCUUCAGAUUGAGUAACCAAGGCCAUAUACACCUUGAAAAGCGGUAUACAUUAUUUUUAUAUAUCCCAGCCAUAGUCAUGUAUAGCUACAAGCGACAUUCAUCAUUUACUGUCUAAAAUAUCACUGAUGCCUGCUGAUAAAUUCGUACAAGAAGACUGAGUCGUGUCGAUAUCAAUUACGGAUAAAAUCACUCUUUUGUAAUGUAAAGAGCAAGGGACACAAGACAAAUCACCUUUGCCAUGGAACAGUUAUUAGAUAAUCGGAUACUCCAUGUACAGAACCAUGCAAUUAUAUCCACUUUAAGACUAUCCAGGGACAACGUAUUUCUAAUCGGUUGCGUUUGAUUGUGAUGUGCUGCGGGUUACAGUUGUGGUAUCUGCGAUUCCAUCAUGUUUUGCCUGUACCAAACACAAAGAGUGUGAAAUAUAACAAAUGUAAAAGAAUAAUGACUGUGUUGUAGAGUAAUAAUGAUGUGGCAUACUGUUGUUAUUAUUCUAUUCCUCGAGGAAUACAUCGAAACAGCAAGGAGUAAAACUGUUGUGAGGUACCUUUACUGCAAACGGUUAAUGUCAAAUCACAAUAAAAGCAUGCCAAUGGCAAUUACA